UGCCUUCCGAGGCGAGCGGGGCAGGUAGGCGCGGCCGUCCGCCGGAGGAGCGUUGGAUGCGGCCCCGGGGUCUUCCGGGUGAGCCGCGCUCCGGGCCGCCAUGGAGAUCAGCCACUCGGUGAAGGAGCGCACAAUCGCGGAGAACAGCCUGGUGCUGCUCUUGCAGGGCUUGCACAGCCGCGUCACCACCGUGGAGCUGCGUGACGAGAGCGUGGCCGUGGGCCGCAUUGUCAACGUGGACGCCUUCAUGAACGUCCGCCUGGGCGAGGCCACCUUCACCGACCGCCACGGCCGCGCCUGCCGGCUGCAGGACCUCUUCAUCACCGGCAGGAACGUCCGCUACGUCCACAUUCCCGACGAGGUGGACAUCCGGGCCACCAUCGAGCAGCAGCUGCAGCUCAUCCACCGUGUCCGCACCUUCGGCGGCCGAGGCAAGGGCAGGACCGAGUUCCUUUGGCCGAAGCCAGCGGCCAAGUGACCGUUCCGGCGGGCACGCGGUGAAGCUAGAGCUGGAAAUCUGCUCGCUUCCGGAGAAAUGUGUCCGGUAAGACCCGUCGCUCGCUUGGGAAGGCCGUGGCUGCUUCCCCCGCUCGGCGGUUCACAGAGGAAUCGGAUGAGGACGUUCCUUUGCCGGAAUAUAGACCCCUGCCUACCCCCAAGGACCCUAUUUUCAGGGGCUUUUCUCGUCAUAGUUUGUCUCAACCCUGAACUGCUUCCCCCUCCCCAAGGAUAAACUUUGAAGCUUUAAAAUCCAGACUGCCUGUUGAAGUAGGGUGUGCUCUUUGGGAUCCCGGCUCCGUAUGGUUGAUGAUUUUGGAUUACAGUAAUCUAGUCAGAAAUAAAAAUUUAUUUU